AUGGAGAUUGUGCAAAAGAACGAGGCCUUCAAGAGAGUUGAUGGUAAAAUGAAGUUUUCAUACGUUCAGGUUUUUGUCCAGCAAGACGGUAUUCUCUAUUCCGGGAAAUGGACAAAUCGACUAGUCCUACCGAAGAACUUGGAAGAUCUCCAAGAAGUUCAGCGAAUUCCAACGGAGCAUAGGGGACCAGAGAUGAGGACAACUUGGUCCGCAGUCUACGUGAAAACGCCAAAUCUUCUCGCCUAUGCCAAUAGCGACCUCGAAAGCCAAAUUGCCCGUGAGGUUGACGUAUGCGAGAUCCUUCGCAAGCACCCGCAUCCGAAUAACGCGACUUACUACGGCUGUAACGAGACCCAUGGUCGAGUCUCUGGACUAUGCUUCAAGCGAUAUACGGCUACGCUACUUGAAAGGGUGAAUCCUCGAGGCUUAGGCAAGAAAGCGUUCCUUUCAAGUGAGCGUGAGCUAGUAAACGAUGAGAUAAAAACAAGCUUAGGAGGCCUUUUAGCUGGCAUCGAACAUCUCCACUCACUUGGUCUUGUGCACAACGACGUGAACCCUUCAAAUAUUAUGCUUGACCAAGAUGGUAUGCUCGUUCUUGUCGAUUUUGAUAGCUGCCGUUAUAUCGGAGAACCAUUGCGCAGCACCGGGUCAAAAAGGACGCACCAUUGGCAUGACCCUUCUAUCGAUACCUCGCUAGAAAAGAAUGAUUUGGAUGCUUUUGAAGAUCUACAAACUUGGCUUACUGGAUCAGUGGAUGAUGUGUUCAAUUUUGAAUGA